GGCGGGAACGCAGCCCGGCCCGUCCGCAGCGGCCGGUCCUGAGGCCGAGAGAGGGGAGGUGGUCCCAGCGGUUGCGGGCCGGUCGCGGGUGGCGGCGGCCCUCAGCGGGGAGCAGGAGCAGGAGGAGGAGGAGGACGGCACCGCGGAGAGCCGCUGAGCUGCUGCGGGGAUGAAGGACCGGCUGGCUGACCUGGCAGACGCGAGGUAUAAAGGCAAUGAAGAUGGGGAGACAGUUAUUGUUGAAAAAGACCAUUUUAUGGAUGACUUUUUCCAACAGGUUGAGGAACUUAGAAAUAAUAUAGCAAAAAUAGCACAAAAUGUGGAAGAAGUGAAGAAGCAGCACAGCAUUAUCCUGUCAGCACCAAAUCCUGAAGGAAGAACAAAAGAAGAACUUGAAGAAUUAAAUGAGGAAAUAAAGAAGAUUGCUAAUAAAGUCCGAGCCAGGUUAAAGGCUAUUGAGCAGACUUUUGAUCAGGGUGAAAAUGCUAAUCGGACAUCAGUGGACCUCAGGAUAAGAAAAACACAGCACUCUGUAUUGGCUCACAAGUUUGUGGAGGUCAUGAUGGAGUACAAUGAGACGCAAACUCUCUUUCGAGAACGCAGCAAAGGUCGGAUACAGAGGCAAUUAGAGAUAACUGGAAAGACAACCACUGAUGAGGAACUGGAAGAAAUGUUAGAGAGUGGUAAUCCUUCAAUUUUCACUUCAGAUAUUAUAUCAGACUCUCAGAUCACUAGGCAAGCUCUGAAUGAAAUUGAGUCGCGUCACAAGGAUAUUAUGAAGCUGGAAUCCAGCAUACGGGAACUACAUGAAAUGUUUAUGGACAUGGCAAUGUUUGUUGAGACUCAGGGUGAAAUGAUCAACAACAUAGAGAAGAACGUGAUGAAUGCAUCAGAUUACGUGGAACAUGCAAAAGAAGAAACAAAAAAGGCAGUUAAAUAUCAAAGUAAAGCACGAAGGAAACUGAUGUUCAUAAUUAUCUGCGUUACUGUACUGCUUCUGAUACUUGGAAUUAUCCUAGCAACAACACUAUCCUAGCAAGCACAUUCCAAGAGUUAUGAACCUUCAGAAACUCCGAAAUUCAUCUUCUGUAAAACCAAAUCUUUUUUAAUAAGUGAUGCCUUACACUGUUCCAUGAUGAUGACCUAUCACUAAGGGUUAAAAAUCUAAACAAAAUUGCUCUUAAAGUUUACUUAUAAAUGAAGAUGAGAAUGUAUUAGGAUAUGGAUGGAUUUGCAUCAUAAACUCUAUUUGUAAGACUAAAACUUGCUCUUAAUUGUUUUGAACUAAAGUAAAUUAGGUUUUUUUUGUUGUUUUUUUUUUUUGUAUCUCAGUGUUAACAAACAGUUUCAACAGGGAGUUGAGAAUCUUUCAAGUUUUGACUGUUUGGAGCUUUUUCCUAUUGCAAAUCUGAUUCUAAUCAUGAAAUGUAAUACCUUAUCAGUUCUGCUUUUGUUAGCACUCAUGUGAACAUUUUUUGAGAUGUAGCCUUGUAAGUAUAAUAAUUUAGUCACCUAUCUAAGCUUUAUACUUGAAUUUUUUUCUCCAACAAGUGCUAAAGUAUUUUAACCUGAAAAGACUCCUUAUUUAACUGUCUGCCUAUUGCAGUCCACUUGAGAAGGAAAAAAAGAAAAGCCUUUUUUACAUUUUCUAGGCUUUUUGUAUUUUUCCUUCAAUUUCAAACUUUAAUUGCUUUAAAUGUUUCGUUGCCUUUGUAUUAAAAUGUUAGUUGCAACAUUUCUGGUAAAAGAAUGCAAUAAUGAAGCACAUUAAAUUUGAACUUUAGCAGAUACUUUCACAAAUAAUCCUUGUUCAAAUACAAAUAACCCUGAAGGAUCAGUUUAGCCUUACUAUUAAUGUGACAAAAAUCAAUUUUCUAUAUGAAGCCAAGUCACAAUUUCCUAUCCAGAAGCUUGCUAAUGUUGAUGUGUGAAUAUAGCACAUAGAGAUAAACUCCUUCAGAAAAGUCUGAAAUGUAAUAAAAACUAAGACACUGAUCUGUUAUGGAAUUAGUCUUAACAUGUAUGAAGUGUUUUAGUAUAUACAAACCUGUUGUACCGCUAGUUUGCAACACUUAAAGGCUUGAAAGAUUUCAAAUGUAACUAAAUAACUGCAUUUAAUGUUACAGGUUAUUUUUGUACUUUGUGUGUAAAAUAUUUGUAACUUGACUUUUUGACUUCUCAUUGUUUAAGCAUAUCCAUGUAGAUAUGUAGAUAUAUUUACACUGUAAGAGAAUAGAGGGAAGUAUAAUGUGUGCCUUUUAAAUACAGUCUAAAAAUACACUUGUCAAUGUUUCAAAUAAUUAUAAUGUUAACUGCAAUAACUCCUUAAACUCAUGUUUUGUUGAAGGUGUCUAAGAUGAAAGUUACUAAGUCAACUGUAAGUCAGUCUGUGGACUCGAUUAAAUUCAGCACAGUUUACAGUGACUGUUGUAUGUAUGACUGUUCCUGCUUUGCUGUCCAAAUACACUGUGAAUGUACUGGAGAUGUUCAGAUGUCAAACAUGUUUAAAAAGAAAAAAAAAAUUACUAUUAUUGGUCUUUUUGCAAGUUGGCCAUAACGAGGUCACUUGAAAAAUUUUGGCUUCAUUAAUGAACAAAUUUCUUUACCUCUAAGUCCUCACUAACUUGGGUGAGCGUUCUGGAAGUUUACAUGCAAAGUAGGGAAAGAUUGGUUGCCUUAGUACUCAGUUUAGGUAAAAUAUAUUUUUUAUUCUAUAGUUUUCUAGAUCUUUGUCAGUAAAUAUUAUUUAUACAUAUACACAAAUUAGGUGGAAAAAAUUGGUUCUGCUGUUUAACUGCUGAUCACCUAAAAUGACCCUCAAAAUCCCAUCAUGUUGAAUUUUUUAUUUAUAAUGCAAUAAUUUGCCCAUCAAGACCAGAUAUUUGAAUAGCUUACUCCAUAGCUUUUACUUUUUGUUAUACAGCUGUCUCAAUGAGUUUGUUUUAAAACAAAACUUGUUUUUCACAUGAACUUUUUUGUUCUGUUAAUAUUGGAGGGGUAUAUAUCUCUAACCUAUGCACUAAUAAAUUUAUCUAAGCAAGUA